UUCCUCCUCCUGCUCAAUGACAUUUUGAUAGGACAGGUAAAGAUAAAACAAGUUAACCUUACUCAGAGGUGACUGGGCAAAGGACCUAGCUCCUAGUUGCCUCCUAUUAGGUUGAAACCAACUCACAAUGUUUGCAGGUUCAUCAGAACAAUAAUUCAAUUGCAAGAUGAUGGCUUUCUCUGAAUUUAGGAUGGCACAGACUGGGCUUCCUUUUAGUGCAACUGGACAUCUUCACAGCAAGCUCCAUUGAACCCUAAGGUCAAAUUGCAUGUGAGAAAUAUCCAACGGAAAAUAAAGUUGAGGUUGAAGAAUCCAAAAUGUUUAUACCUUGAUAUGUGUGUCUGGCAUUCAAGUUAAAUAGUUACCAGUAAAAUUCGUUUAUGAGUUUCCAACCUGUGGUGACUGUGUUGCCACUGCUCAAACCAAUACUGGCUCCGUAUUAUUUGAGAACAAAUUGAAGGAGCCAAAUGUCUUUUACAUACUAAACGAAACUAACUUCUGUGCCUUAUCAGAUAGAAAGGAAACUGAUUAUGAUAGGAAACCCAGGCAUCGGGCCCCAUCCUUCCCAAGAACAGCUACUACUGAUGCAGCCUCAUACCGCCAUGGAUGAUGCCUACCAGAAUGAGGAAUACCAUAAUAACAGCAUUUUUGCAAAAUUGUCUCAGAUCCCAGAAGUGCAGUCUGGGCCUGAACAUGCAAGAACAGUUGAUGCGGAGGAUGAUGAGACAUUCUCAAAGGACCGUUCUAGUUCUAGGCAUGUUGAUGCCACAGGCAGAAAAAGGACGUACUUAGAUUCAGUGAUUUCAAGCCAAGGUUAUGAGAAUGCUUCUGAACUGGACUAUGAGUCCUUCACAUUUUCAGGCCUGCGGAUGAGGAAGCUGAUGGAAGAUGGAGUGAAUUCUGAGUCAGCACCAAUUUUAUUCCUGGAUGAAAUGGAGGGAAAACCCUUUGGCAAGGGACACUUCAUCAUCUUCUGUGUGGUUCUGUUUUGCUCCCUGAUAUUGGUGAUAGCAGCCCUUUGGAUGGCAAGCUUGCAGUGCUCUCCCAAAUGUCCAUCUGAGUGGAAGGAUGUCGGAAAGAGUUGUUAUCUCAUCUUCAAAGAAGCAAAGAAAUGGGACGAUGGCAGAAGUGUUUGCCAAAACCGAGGAGGAGAUCUGAUAAUAAUUGGGGAUAAACAGGAACAGGACUUUCUGAAUUAUAAAAUGAAUGUCCAACGAGAAUUCUGGAUUGGCUUACGUUAUCAUGGAGGUGAAACAUGGAAGUGGGUAAAUGAGACAAGCACAUUGUCUCAAAACCUGAGGAGACUGGAAGAAUUUGAGGAUAGAGGUGAUGGCCAUUGUGUUACAUCAAAGAUAGAAGAUAAUAACAAGCACAAAUGGAGCCGCGUUGACUGCACAAAGGUGCAUCCAUAUAUUUGUGAAACAAACAUGCUUGUCAAGUGUGUCCAGUCCCCAUUAUGAUACUUUAUUUGAGUGUGUCUGGAUGUGUAAAAAUAAGAGACUUUGGAAAUUAAAUUGUAU